GUUUCGCUUCCCAUUUGUGUAUGAUACUCGUGAAGAAUGGAUGUUAUGUCUAAUGCGCCGCUACCCAGGCACGACCCUCGUCAGGGGUCGGUAGAGCGUGGCCCGGACUAUGCCACUUCCGCCGCCCACUAUGUGACCAGGACCACGUAUCGGCCGAUAAGAGGGGAAAAGGAGGCACCAAGGAGAGCGGCACGUUCAGAAGCUUCCCGAGAACAGACCGGAACGCGCCCGCGGGCUGUUAGCGGUUCAGAAUAUGCGGUUGCCCCUGAAUUGGCAUCGAAAGGCGCCGCGGCGAGUCUUCGUCAUCCGGCGGAAUUCCAAGAGGUGGAUCCGACCACCGAGAGACUCAUCACGGCAGAAGAAGCUAAAUUGAGCAGGGCCGGGUCCAAGGCGGCUUUGCGAUCGGCUCGUGAUCGUGCUAGGACGCUAGAAUCCGGGGAGACGGCGCCGGAGGAACUGUUUGAAAGCGAGCAGGGGGCGAGGAUGGCUGCAACUGGAGCCAUGGCUAGCACCCACAGAAGAACGGAGUCUGCAAGUUUCCAGGAAGGGUUCCCGGACUUGACGCAUGCGAUUUCAGCAGCGUCCAUAAGCCACCGAACAGCUCAAGAAGAGGAGCGAGGCGGGAUGGAGCCGUCGCGUCAGGUUGCAUUCACCAGCGCGCCACCUCAAAGAGCGCAGGAUGAAGCUGCCAAAAAGAAUUCGCACGCAGCUGCUGUGAUUAUGGCGAAGCAAAUGUACGCGCUAAUGCCGCAGGCCCGGGAUAUGGCAACUUUUGAAACUUCGGGUUACCCUGGCCCAGUAGACCCGCUCUUAACGGGUUUAGACCCCAGCCGCCCUUCCGUGAAUCUGAUGUCGGAAGCAGAACGGAGAGUGGCUGCGCGUUUGGCCCAAAUGGACGAGGAGCAGAAAUCAGUGAAGGCGUACCAUAGCGCUCGUGCGUCGCCCAGGCCUCGUUCUGUCAGCUCUGCAAGGAGACGACCGCAAUCGGUCGCCGACAUGGAGACAAGCAGCUUUACCAGGGGCCGUGCACAGAGAACGGGAUUCGCAAGGUACACACUUCGGGAAGAAGAGAAUGGCGUUGCCAGCCCGGUGGAGGAUGAUGCGGUCAUGGAAAUGGCCCGGAAAAAUGCCGACGAUACGAUCAGUGCCAUCGAUCGGGAUUUGUAUACGUACACCGGAAGGCCGUCUCCUGCUGUAUUGCGCGAAUGGGAACGCAAGGUGAACGAGCGUUCAAUGGCCGUCACUGCGCCUCCAACGUCAACGUUUGUUCCAAUGACUGGGUCGAAAUUCGAGGAUAACCCGCAGGUUCGAGCACUAGCUCGAUCGAAAUUACAGCCAAGACUUGAUGAGAUCGACGAUAGGGUUAAUGAAAAGAGAGCACGGGAGAUUGAGAAGCAGCUUGAUGAAGCACAGCAAAAGCGAUAUGAGCAAAUACAAAAGGAGAGAGAUGUGGAGACAUUGAAAGUUCACAGCCAAUUGCUGAAACUUGAGCAAAAGCAGGCAAAGAAAGACGCAAAAUCGGCGAAAAAGAAGAAGAAGGACUCAAAGGGCAAAGGUCGAGAUGAAGCGGAAGAGCAUCCUCCUGAGCAAGGGAACCCUACGGAGGACGCAGGGUAUGCCGGGCUAGACGGCGGCCCGGAGGAUAAGAAUGCCCCGCCCAAGUCUCUCAUUGAGCGGGAGAGGGACGGAGAGUCCUCAACAGCGGCCACUAAGCCCAUUAGAAGAGAAGAGGCAGAACAACAGGCCUCGAUGGACCCCGCACGGCAGCCGAAUGGAACAUCACCGGAAGCAGUGCCAGAUACAGGGCCGCAACAGGCCCGCCAAGCUGAGGAGCCUGCUCUGGGAGGUAUUGUGAGCCAGUGGAGCACCUCGAACUAUGGUGAGAUGGCCCAGGCCGCCGAGCCGAAGCAACCAGUACAACCAGCGGCGGAACCGUCAAAGCAAAGCCCCAAUCGAUUCAGUUUGAAGAGCAUAUUCAGCCGCUCCGGUCCGCGAGAUACGGGAAAUCAGGGUUCAUUUGAAGCCCCAAAACGCCAGAAGGGUUCGACUGCAGGAGAUGAUAUCGGACAUGAGCCCAAGGAGGCACCAGAGAUUCAACCAGGUCAGCCAGGUCAACCAGCGGACGCAGAACCCCAGCCAGGAAUUACUCAUCGAAGCUCUAAAUUCCAAGAGAAUCUGUAACGCUAUCCUGUCUUUGCGAGCACCAGGGACGUCUCUUUUCUUUUCUUUUCUUUUCUUUUCAUAUCGGUGUUGUUGUGCUGAGUACUUUUUUCGAUGAGUCUUCAUCAGCUCGCUACAUACCUUGACAUGAUUUAAUAAGAUUGACCAACUUGACUUUCAUAUCCCAGAUGGCUUUAUGCACUGUUCUGCCAGAUUUUGUAUGCUGGAUCAUUCCCUAGCUCUUCAGGAAGUUGAGACUCACUUGGUAUUGCGGCUAUGGGAACGUGAUGGUUUACCCGUCCUUUUCAAGCAAAUUUCUCAGCCAGAGAUGCUAAUAUCCUAAUAAUUUUAUUCCCCGUAGCUUUUGUUCAAUAAGGACAUGACUUUUCGGUAUUU